CAUUGUUGGAUACUACAGCCUCGCUAUCCCUCAAAACGCAGGUCUGAGCGGUCAUGGAGUUCGUUCAACGCCAUUCUGUGCAUACACUGGUGUUCCGUUCAUUAAAACGCACACAUGAUAUGUUCGAAUCUGAACAGGCGCGAUUGCCGGGAGUCGACUUUGUCAGUAGCACACUGAAAGCAGCCGUUAAAGCUAAAGACCAAUACGGUCCUGUGCUUAAACAACCUUCUGCUAAUCCUCUCAGACAAGCAAAACCUGUGGGUGGUCAAGAUCCCGCGGAUGGUCAGAUCAUUCCUGCCGACAGAAGCAAGAUAAAGCCAUCGGCUGAUCGGAACACGUCGAUCGUACAAAUUGGCACCGAAAAGCUCCUUCUACCAAAGAAAGCUCCCACCAUGCCGAAACCAACAUGGCACCCACCCUGGAAGCUCUGUCGCGUUAUCAGUGGACACACUGGGUGGGUGCGUUGCGUGGCAUUCGAUCCGACUAAUGAUUUCUUUGUCACCGGUGCCGGGGAUCGUAUGAUAAAGGUUUGGGAUUUCGCUAGCGGAGCUCUGAAACUGACACUGACCGGCCACAUCAGCGUCGUGAGGGGUGUUGUCAUUAGCUCGCGACAUCCUUAUUUAUUUUCUUGUGGUGAAGAUAAAACAGUGCGCUGCUGGGAUCUGGAACAGAAUAAAGUUAUUCGGCACUAUCACGGGCAUAUGUCAGCUGUUUAUGGAAUUGACCUACACCCCACAAUCGACGUUUUAGUCACUUGCGGUCGUGAUGCAACUGCCCGCGUAUGGGACAUGAGGACAAAGGUCAACGUUCAUACUCUCACUGGCCAUUCUAACACUGUGGCCACUGUCCAGUGUCAAGAGUCCGAUCCCCAGGUGCUAUCCGGAUCCCAUGACGCCACUAUCCGUCUUUGGGACUUGGCUGCGGGUCGCACGAUGGCUUGCUUGACCAAUCACAAAAAGAGUGUUCGGUCACUGUUUGUACACCCUACACAGAAUGCGUUCAUAUCCGGGUCACCCGAUAAUAUUAAACAAUGGAAGCUACCAGAGGGAGCAUUUCUGCAAAACAUGUCAGGACACAACGCGAUCAUCAAUGCGAUUACGGUCAAUCAAGAUAACGUCGUCGUCAGCGGAGGAGAUAACGGAAGCAUGUAUUUCUGGGAUUGGAAGUCGGGAUACAACUUUCAGCGACUUCAAGCUCAAAUACAACCGGGCAGCAUUGAUUCCGAAGCAGGCAUAUUUGCACUAGCUUUUGACCGCAGCGGAUCUCGUUUGGUUUCCUGUGAGGCAGACAAAACCAUCAAAAUAUUUAAGGAAGACGAAACCGCGACGGAAGAAACUCAUCCACUUUAUUGGAGACCGGGACUGCUCAAACGAUCAAAGUAUUAAUCGGGAUAUUCUCCAUGUACAAUGAUUUGUUACUGUGUCAUAAAGUUUUUCACACC